AUGAUACGGAGCUCUAUACUGUUUUUAACUUGCCUAUUGCGGUCACGAAUAGGAUUUCGGAGAGCGCGAAUCAGUCGUCUUGUGAAUCCGCUGGUGGGGUGGGAGAAGGUCGUGGAGUCGACGGUGGUGUUGACGCCGAAUCAGUAUCCGUGGACGGAUGGGAGUGGGGUGCAGGUUUCUGUGCCUAGUGGUGAUGGGGGUGGGAGCAACAGUGGUGGGAGCGAUAAGGGUGAUGGAAUUGGUGGGAGCAGGCCCGAUGCCAAUGCGGGUGAUGGGCUUGGAGGGGGUGCGGGGAUGGUGGCUAUGGAUGAGAGGUUGACUGUUUUGGCGGUUAUUUUCGCCUUGGGCUUGGUUGCUAUGUAG